AUGAUCAAGCGCGCCCUUGGCCUUUUCGCCGGUGGGGAGGGCGCUGCAGAGGAAGAUGACGACUCCGAUGACGUCACCCCUGCCCAGCGGCAAAAGCUUGAAAGGCGUCUGCUCCCGGGAGCACAGCGAGGCAGAAAGAGAAAGGACAUGAGCGAGGAUGAGGAGGACAGCGAGGGCAGCACUGACAAUGACUCCGACGACGAUCCGCCUGUGCCAGAUGCAGAGGAGACGUUUCGGGGGCAAUACCACUGCCAGCUAUGCCCUGACAAGAUCCUGCUCACCGAAAAGCAGCUGGAGGUCCACCUGCAGAGUGGUGCACACAGGCGAAAGGAGCGUCAUUUCGAACGGGCCAAGGCGCGUUCAAGAGCUGGUGUGUGUGUGUGUAUACACAUGACUAUGGUUAUUUGCUAG